AUGAGAAUUGACGGUGACAACUUCAAAGAACUUUGCUAUUGGUGUAGGAUCGGAAGUGUCGAAAAUGUCGAUAGGCUCGUUUCGACAGGCGUGAACCUUAACCUGAAUGAUGAAUUUGACAAUUCACCACUUUUCCUGGCCAGUUUGUGUGGAAACGAAGAAGUGGUGAAAUUACUUCUAAAGAGAGGCGCAGUAUGUGAUAGAGACAGGUUCGAGGGCGCGAGAUGCAUUUAUGGCGCACUGACAGACUCCAUUCGAAAUAUUUUGUUGGCUUUCGAUAUUUCGAAGGCGGUCGAUUCAAAGCAGCCUUUCGCGGCGCACCUCUCGUCACUUCUAACUGAUCCGUCAAUCAGAAGUCACGACAUAGUUUUCCAAUUCCCUGGGUUAAAGAACAUUAAACUACACAAGUUUCUUCUAGCAGCUAGGAGUUCUUACUUUGAGGAGAAGUUUCAGGGGCCAUGGAUGGACAAGCAUCUGAUCAAGAUGCCGGAUUGGGUCCCUCAAAAAUCUCUAGAGAUUAUCUCGAGAUUCAUGUAUCUAGUCCCUAUUUUGCAUGAGCUUGGCCCUACAGAAACUGGUAUUGCGAAGAAAUUUUGCAAAAAACUUGAACUUCUCGACCUUUUGGAACACAUCGACAAAGCAAGGCAUAUCGCGGACCCUUCAGAAAAGUCAAAACUUGCAACAGAAUCACAGUUUCGUUUUAGUGAAAGAGCACGGCACCAAAUGCGUGCUUUCGUUGGAAAAAUUAUAAAGCAAAAGAUAUGCCUCCCAGUUGAACAAACGGGCUCUUCGGAAAGAAUCAAAAUGCUCAAGAGUAGCGUCUGUAUACCUGAUGUUUUUGUUGCAGUGUGUGAGAAAAACAGACCUGGUUAUCGUUGGUUCUACCCAUGUCAUAGAUCAAUCUUAGUUCGAUCGGAGUAUUUCAAAAUUAUGUUUUCAUCAAACUUCAAGGAAGCGUCAUCGUAUUCCCAAACACCUGAAGGUACGGUUGACAGAUCGAAGAACUUCCCUGUUAUUUCGUUUCCAUGUAGCGACUCUGCGGUUGCCGAAUUGAUACUUGCAUACCUGUAUUACGAUAACACGGAUAUAAGUUGGGAAUUUGCACUUGAUGUGUUAGUGGCUGCUGAUGCCCUUUUCACGGAUAGGCUCAAGACCAUGGCAGCAGUAGCCAUAAUGCAAUCCACGGAGUUUUUGAAUCAUCAUUCUAUAUUUGAGGUCCUCUACGUCGCCUGGGACACGAGAAUGGAAAGGUUAGAACAUUAUGCUGCGGAAGUGAUUGCGAACGAUUUCAAGUUCUAUUGUCACGACCCUCGAUUUGAGGAGGCGGUUAUAAAAAGUUCUCGAAGGAUUCAAAAUCGGCAAGAAGCCGACACAAUUGAGUUGGUGGACGACAUAAGGUAUCAAUUGUUGAAAAAGCAUAACGUAGAUACUGAAGAAUUUGAAGAGAUCUCUUGGGAUGAGGUCAUUACGGAGCCGUCAAAAACCGUACUUUCACCUUACAAUAAGGACAUAGAGAUGCUUGAGGCAUUGUUAAACAGAAUGGGAUUAAUUGCUUGA